GUCUGCUUUAUCGAAAAUGGACACUCCCAAGUCUGCUUCAUCGAAAAUCAUUUUGCAGAAAGCUGUAACGCCUUUGCUUGAACCCUCGACGCUUAAGUUUACCACGCCCUCUAAGUUAGUCGUUUCAUGUAAUAAAUCGACUAAUAGCUUUCCUUCUUCAAAUGACUCUUCCAUCACGUCUAAAGACAAUCCUAUUGCAUUCACAUCACCAAAAGUUGUGGCUAAUGCGGGACGUGCCCAUACUGAAAAUAUUGAUCCCAACGAAGGAGAUGAAUUAGAGGUUCAUUUCGGGGAUGCGCUUAUUUUUUCAACUGUGAAGAAAUCCCUCGAUAAUUCGGCUGUUAAAAGCCCUACCCGACAACGGAGAUUGUCACUCAACCGCACUCCAUGCAAGCCUUCAUUUUCAUCAUCCACAAUUAUGCACCGCAGUCCUUCUCCUGGUGAGCUCUUAGAAAGGCCUUUAGUGCAUUCUGAGCAUCACGACGAGUUAAAGGACAAUGAUGACGAGAAUUCUUUCCAACGAGAGAGGUCAUCACUCCAGAGCAUUGUAAGCAAGCCUUCACCCACGAUCAAUCGCCGAAGCCCUUCUCCUGAUGAUAUAUUUGAAAGAUCUUUGUUGCACUCUAUUUCUCCUGAUGAUAUCAUCGAAAGAUCUUUGUUGCACUCUGUUUCUCCUGAUGAACUGAAGAGGUCGCUUACGGAAAGUCCCAGGCUAGUGUCAUCCGCUGCUCUUAACAGCGAGGUGCACAUAAGCCCAGACGCAAGUUGUGACGAUGGUGCCGUCGUAGAACUGAAUCACGAGAUGCAUUCAGGGAGUGAAGAAGAGUUGGUUCGUACCGCCAUGGCUUCCAUCAGAACCAAGUCACCCAUUAAAAAGAUGCGGGAGGAGCAGGAAGAGUCAACCCCUAUCACAAGGAAACGCGAGCGAAGUACUUCACCCACCAAAUCGGCAGUGAAGAGUAAAACUCCCGAUUCUAGAAAGAAAUCUAGGUCAACUGGCUUUGAAACCACACCCUUGUUAGAACAUGUCAAGAGUCCCAGCCUGAAAAAUUCUUCCCCUACCUUGAAAACCUAUCCUUCUCCUAAGGAAGAACAGUUAUUCAAGGAUAUCUCUAAUGAUUCUGUUACUCCUUCAGAGACUUUAGACUUGGAGAUCAAGAAAGAAGAUACUAGCAAGUCCUCAGUGACGUCGUCGAAAGUUGUCACUCCAGAAGACUCAACCGCUCGGAGAACAACUCGUCGACGUAGGAGUACGUCUGAAGGUCCUGAAAGCAAGAUGCCUGACGCGGUGCUAGCACCUGUUGCUACUGACAGCAUCGCAUCGCGCACCCGACGCCGGAGUCUCUCUGGCAUGUCCACUGACGACGAGGCUUCAGCUCCUGCUCAGGUUUCUGGUGUUGUGGGCGCAAGAACUCGUCGUCGGAGCAUCUCUGAUGCCGAGGCUCUUACGCCUAUGAAGAGAAUUGUGAUCGACACCAUUCCUGAAGAGGAGUCUGACGAGAGCAGCGGAUCUACUGUACAACCAAAUGUAAAGCCUUCCGCCCGACGUAAAAGCCUUGCUGCUAAGGCAACUCCGCAGAAGGCGCCUAACUUUGGUACUGCUGCCGUUUUACUAGAGGCGGCCGCCCCAUCCCCUGUACUCGCAGGUCGUGGUAACAGAAGAGCCUCUCUCACGAGCACGGCAUCUACGAGCGUCUCUACUCCUACCAGACGCCGCUCCCUCGCAUCCUCUUCUCGAGCCGGCAGCGUAUCCAAGGAACUAGACGCGGAGUCUUGUGCAUCACCGCGCCGUGUAUCAAAAAUGCGCCGCCUCUCUGAGAGCCCCACAAAAGGGCUCAUGGUCGACACCAAGGAAGAUGCUACCGCAGGUGUCACUGCGCAACGUGUCCUGCCCAAGCGUGAGUCUCGAAGUCUUAAAGAAACCAUAGGACUUAAGACUUGUCCCGUGGUUGUCUUGGAAAGACUUUCGCCUGCGUGGUACACCAACCCUGUUGUAGUCAUGAGAAGAUUAACUCCAAGUACAAGCUCCUUUGUUGUCCUGGGCAAAAGAUCUGUGGAGGACAGCGAUAACACCGACAGUGACGCAGGAGUGCGCCGUACGCUACGCCGUCGCCAGCCAAAAACAUACAAGUAGGAGGUGGAGGAGAAAAUGUUCGCUGUUGCUACUGCUGCUUCUCAAUUGGACGUCGCUUUCGUGGUCAACGAACGACUUCGUAACUUGACGUUCACCAAUGUCUGUACAAUUUUCAGCUAAUGCUAAUAUUGUUUGUAUGAUUAUCGGAUGAAGCAGCCGAUAAUUAAACACUGGAUCGUACGUUCUGAAUUAUGUUGUCUUCGCCUGCACUCAAGAUAGUUCUCCUGGAACUGCUGAGAUAUUUGCGCCAUAAUAAUUACGUGUGGGAAUAGAAUUUUGAGAACAAUGAAGGCUUCUUUAGAAAAGGAAAAUGUUUAGAGUAGAUCUGCAUCAAAGGUGGGCUUUGAGUCAGUGGAGCGUCUCUUUAUAAGUAAUUACGCUACCGGAUCAUUUGCUAACCUCUUUGAUGCCACUUCAAUUAGCACAUUAUUGCGCGUUUUUCACAAGUCUUCAAUAAUUUCAAUUUUUAGUUUUUUCGUUCUAUUUUUAGGUUUUAACGAUUCGAUUACCUGAAAAGUUGUUUGGCAUUUGAUUAUUAAUAAACGCAACCGAGAUGAUUUUGCUAUUUGAUGUAGGUAGUUAGGUAGCGUUUGGAAAUAGAUAUUGUCAUUAGCCCAGGCAUAAUUUCUAGUGACUGACGUCAAAUGCCCACUGAUUGUUUCUAUUUCUCUUGAUUAAUCUCAAGCCAGUUUUCGAAUAAAAAUGGGAUUGAUUUUAACAAAUUUUGAUUGUAAAAUAAAAUUCUCUCAUCCUUCAUGUAUUAUUAAGCCGGUGUUUUGAAUACCGAGUACUAUAGAAACUUCUGUCAAAUGUUCGGAGGUAAUUGUUGUUGGACGGCGUAUUGAAGUCGGGAUGCAGUCUCUUGCGGCAGUUCUUCACUAUUUACAGGACAUUAGCUUAUCUGCACUUGUUUCUUGUACAGAGCUCGCCGCGUUGUCGUAGAUACGCUCGAGCUUUUGUCGAAUUUUUGCCCACGUUUUGAUUUUUAUUAGACGAACAAGAUGCUGCAUUCUUUUGUCAUAAUUCAUGUAAAGAUUCUAUCUUCUUUAUAGAAUCUAUAGGUUGUAUGUAUUAAUUUCUUGCAGCAACUAACUGCAAACCAUUACAACAAUUUUGUUAACCAUGCCGUAAUGUUAGAUUCAUAACACUAACUGAUAACUUAAAAGGAAACUAAUGAUCGAUUGAACGAUGUUUGUACUUGAGGCGUUUUGAUAGUUCCAUAUCAAUUGGAUUAUCAAUUUUUGUGAUUCCGUUACUACCCUUUGUAAUGAAUUUUCCAAUAAAGUUAUUUUCUGGUUA